AUGGUGAAUGUGUUACUGAACUCUCGAAAACCAUCUGUGCCACUUUUCAGAUACCUCAAUCUUGUGCUGGAUCUCCCAAAUUUGCCGUGCCUCAUAGAUGCUGACGGCUUAGUGAUUAGCUUAGCGCCAGUUACCAACAGUGAUUUGACCAAGAUGUCCGAGGAGACGCAGUCUGUGUGGGUAGAGGUCUCGUCUCGCGAAUCAAUGUCGGUCUGCAAAGAGAUCACUGCCCUGCACAAGAAGAAGCCAGUUAGUGCUCGUGAACUGAUUGAGGCCCUGCACAGAGAUGCCGAUUUGGCCCGAAGGCGAACAAAACGCAACACCCUGAAUCCUUUGCAUCGAUACCUCAAUCUUGUGCUGGAUCUCCCAAAUUUGCCGUGCCUCAUAGAUGCUGACGGCUUAGUGAUUAGCUUAGCGCCAGUUACCAACAGUGAUUUGACCAAGAUGUCUGAAGAGACACAUUCUUGUGCGUAG